CGUGAAUGUCCUUGAAUAUAAACAUGUUCAAAGUAAAACUGCGUAUAACAUGAUUUUGUUUUAUAAUGUUUUUCUUUUUGGCAUACCUUUUGACGACGAUGGAAGACCCUUUCAUUAAAAGUCAUGGAAGAAAUUAAAGCACUAUGUCAACAAACAAAACGAGAAGAAAGAGCAAAACUUUGUACCAAAUAAUAAUUAUACACAAAGAGAGAGGUGAAACAACAAGAUGGCGAUUGGAUGUGGAGCUAGUAUAGUGAAGAUUAUCUUAUUUGUUGUUAAUUUUAUAUUCUUUUUUUUGGGAAUUCUAGCUGUAGCAUUAGGUAUAACUGCAAUAGUAAAGAACAGUGCUUUAGAAGUACUAACUCAAUUUGGCGAUGCGGAGAACUACGAUGUGACGUCAUUAUUGAGAACAGGCGCCGUUGUGCUGAUAGUUGGAGGAGUUUUUGCUUUAAUUGUAGGAUUUUUAGGAUGUUGUGGUGCUUGGAAAAUGCACAAAUUAAUGCUUCAAAUAUAUGCUGGUAUUAUCAUCAUCAUACUGAUAAUAGAACUGACAGCUGCGAUAAUUGCAAUAGUCUUCACGUCCGAUGUAACUUCAAAGUUAAAACCAAUUCUGUUAGAAAGAAUAGAUGCCUCUUAUGAUGGUAAACUGAAUACUGGAGACGCAUUUACACUUGGUGUCAAUUUCGCUCAAGUGAAGUUUGAUUGCUGUGGAGUAAAUAACUAUACAGAUUUUGAUGGAGCCACAAAGUGGAACAAGACCUUAAGUGAUGGUGGUACCGCACGCAUACCUGUAACAUGCUGUAAAAUUACCAACAAGGAUUCUUUUUACGACAAUCCAUCUUCUGCUGAAUUUGAUAAAGAUUGCCAAAAAACACCAACUAAUGUGAAUUCUAACUGGGAAAAGGGUUGCUAUAGUUCUAUUUAUGACUAUGCUAAAGAUAAUGCUGCAUUAGUUAUCGGAGUUGGAAUCACUAUUGUCAUAGUUCAGGUUUUAUGUAUCUUUUUUGCCUGCUGUUUGAUCAGAGCUAUGAAGGACCAACUUCAAUAAAUAUGACCAGAACAGAUAUAAGAUCUCAAUUAAACCUUCAGCCAGAUCUUCAAAUUAUACCGAUAGAUAUAUAUGUUUUGUAUCAUUAUGUACUUAUGCCUUAUUUGUUCACGCCUGUAUAUGCUGUUAUUUCUAAUAUCUGUGUGACUCUCAAAUUCAUUGAUCUUUCCAAAUAAACACGUGUGCACUAUUUUUGGGGUUCUUAAACAAAUCUUUAAGCUGAAACCCAUUUUAUAAAAGUUUAUUAUGUAUUUCUAUUUGAAGGUAAAGAAAAUGUUGCAUUUAUAAUUUCACCCAUUGUCCAUUUCAAAAUUUUACUUUUCUCUUUCCUGAAAUGUCCUGUAUCAAUAGCAUAAGGUGCAUGUUCUUUAAAAUUUGAAUUACAACUUGUAUCUAAAAGAGGGACGAAAGAUACCAGAGGGACAGUCAAACUCACAGAUCGAAAACAAACUGACAACGCCAUGGCCAAAAAUAAAAAGACAAACAGACAAAUAAUAGUACAGAUGACACAACAUAGAAAACUAAAGACUAAGCAACACGAACCCCACCAAAAACUGGGGGUGAUCUCAGGUGCUCCGGAAGGGUAAGCAGAUCCUGCUCUUCAUGUGGCACUCGUCGUGUUGCUUAUGUUAUUACAAAUCCGGUAAAUAGUCUAAUUCGGUAGGUCACAUUCGUGAAAAGGGAAGGGUAUUGUAGUUACGACAUAAGGAACAUAUCCGAUAUCAUCUGUAAAACGGUUAUUCCAUAACGGUCAACCAACUCGUGAUGGCGUCCGUAAAAUGUACGAAGGGAUGAUUUCAACUUCACCAUUUGGAACUCUUGGUUUAAUAGCUUCUAACAUGUGACCCUAUUAUAACUGAAUGUAAGGAUGACUCAAAACUGUACUGCUAGGUUUUGGAAAAUAGUAUUUUCCUUCAACGAGUAAGAAUAUUCUUAUUUUACCCGAAAACCAUACUUCUACCAAAUACCAAGCUAUGCAUGUUUGAAUACAAAUUACUUUAAUUUGAUAAUACCGAUGCUUCAGUUUAUAAAGAUUCAGAAUCUUUGCAUAAUUGAAUCAAUCAGCAUUAUUAUCUUCAACAUCAACGUGUAGUGCUAAAUUACAUUUUUGUUUUCAUGAUAUAUCUAGAUUUGGAGGAAAUCUUUUAAACACAUUAUUUUUUAUAUUAAGGUCAAGAAGGAUUAACCAAUUUCUGAAUUUUGAACUAAUGAGAAAAAACACGUUGGAAAUGAUUAUGCAUAUCUUUUAUAAUAGCUUGUUAGUAUAAUGUUUCAGUUAAAGUAUUUUUAAAUAUCUGUUUUUUUAUUACAUAACUUCAUUGUAUUUUAUCUGCCUUUUGCAAGUUUCGUAAUUUGUUAAUAAAUGUGAAAAAAGAAG